AUGGACUCAUGGCUAGCUUCAAACCAGCAGUGCGCAAGCAAGAUGCACUUUGCAGUCUCCCUGGUUCAAAAACUAUCAGCUGCCCUUGAAUUGGUUCCGCACUGCCAAUGCAUGAAUGGCAGAUUGAGAAUCUUGUGCUUGGAAGUGGCAGGGCUGACGCUGCGAUGUGCGUUGACCCUUGUGCUGACAUGCCUGGCUGCAGCGUGCGGCUGCGCCAUCAUGGCAGAUACAAAUACACUGCUCUACGGACUAGAGGUCCACAAGUCCUACAGUGAUUUGAUUGCUCGAGUGCCAAGCCAAGUCCUUUCUCUGGCCAUCCUUGUGGUGCCCAGCUGUUGCUGCUGGUGCUGCCUGCAGGGCCCAAGAUCUCCAGCUCCGAACCCUGGCUCGCGAUGGAAAUCUUGGCGGAGCUCAUGUACAGCUGCCCUGGUUGCUGGCUUCGUGCUUGGAGUCUUGGCGGGACCAGCUCCUGGGCCUUACAUGGCACAUGUGAGAGAUGCUGAUUUGCGUGAAGAGACCAAUGGCACAUAUGUCCAGACAAGGGCGACACGUCCGGAGCAGUCAUCUGACCUGUGA